AUGGCACAAAACACUGAAGAUACGCUACGAAAGCCCGUCGAAAGUGCAAUACUUGACUCUCGUUGUUAUCUGGAGGGAGGUGGCUCUGCCGAAAGCUUUCUUGCUAGCGAAGAUUUGGAUGUUGGUGCAAUUAUUGGUAAACUGCGCAUAAAUGGUGAUCCCGAUGUUGAAAACGGAGAUAUUAAUUUAUCAUUACGUGAGAAAGAUGCGCCGGUGGAAAUAGUACCCGGCACGAAAGAUUUAGCUUUAGCUGUGGAACUAGACAAAGAAGGUCUUCGUGGACCUUCAUCUAUAUAUGUAAAUAUAAUUUGCUUAAGGCGACACUCAACUGAUCCGAGUUUUGUCAUACCAGUAAACGUGCGCGUUAUUGACGUCAACGACAACGCACCACAAUGGAUAAAUACUCCUUACACGCUAACGCUAUCAGAGGUGACUGUACCUGGUACUAGAAUACUACAAGGUGCUCGUGCUGAGGACGCUGAUCAGCAGGGUCCAUUUUCUACAGUUGAAUAUCAAGUGCUACCGGGUCCAUUUUCUGAAUAUGUGCAAUUUCUGAAUCCAUUGGAUGGCACGUUGGUACUUAAAAAACCUUUAGACUAUGAAAGUAUGCAAAAUUUUACUGUUAAACUAAGAGCGCAAGAUCAGGGCACCCCACCAAAAUUCUCUGACACCUUACUAAGAGUUGUUAUUACCGAUGCCGAUGAUCAAAAUCCAAAAUUUCAACGUGAAAGCUAUACUGGUGAACUACCAGGUGAUGGAAGACCAGGCGAAAUUCGCAUACGACCAGAACCGCUUAAAGCCGUUGAUCAAGAUGAGGGUAUUUGUGCACCCAUACAGUACUCGAUAGUACAGUCACAGGAUACCAAAUAUUUUCGCAUACAUCCACAUAGUGGUGUCAUAACACUACUAACACCCAUUGGCACAGAUCUGGCUAACGGUGCUACAUUAGUUAUAAAAGCUACACAGAUCGAUAAUCCAGAUCGUUAUGCUCUGACAACUGUCACACUUUCUCGCCCGGGAACGCACAGUGAUUUAACCACCUUGGCUUUUGUACAGAAAAAAUUCUUUAUGCGUAUACGUGAAGACACAGCAGUGGGUAAUCGUAUUCUAGCUUUACCUACAAACAAGCCUGGAAAGCAUCUUAAGUACACCAUAACAGACCCAAUCAAUUCACAAUUUUUCAGUGUCGGUACAUUGGGUGAAGUUAUACUCAUCAAACCAUUAGAUUAUGAGAAAAUAACUCGUCAUGACUUUCAAGUUCAUGCAACUGAUGGCAUGACGAACACAACUGCCGAUAUUAGCUUAGAGAUCACAGAUGUCAAUGACUGGGAACCAAGAUUUCGAGAAACACAUUACGAAUUUAUAGUGCCCAAAGGUUCGCUACAUUCGCGUGCUGAAUCUUUUGAAGGCAUUAUGAUCGGAAAAGUUGAAGCAGCUGAUGGCGAUCGAAAUGACAAGCUUGAGUUAUCGCUACGUGGGCAACAUGCUGGGCUCUUUGAAAUUGAUUCCGCUGGUAAUAUUUAUUUGCGUCCAGAGCAAAUACAAAAUCUCAACGAGUCAACAGUACACCUCAUAGCAAUUGCAACCGAUACUGGUGUACCGCCACGUAGCACUUCUGUGCCAGUUGCAGUGACGAUGGAAGGAGUUGCGCUAGCACAGUCUACUUGGACUAACAGCUUACUUGGCAUGUUUGGCAUGAUAAUCGUACUAUUUAUGAUAAUUGUUUUAAUGAUAACAUGCUAUCUUCUGCGUACGAAGAAGAAGAAGCGUAAAACAACACCGGCUUUAGGACGCAAUCGCGUGCAUAGUCAUGCACACAGUGGUGUUUCUACCGCGAAUUUAGUAACACAUGAAAAAAUGAGUGGCAAUGGUAAUGGAGUUGCUGUUACAAGUGGUGGUGUUUCUGUGCUACAUAUGAAACACCAUGGCGGCAAUGUAACAAUGUCAAAUCCCAUCAGUAACGGGCAUCAACAUCACAGCGGUAAUAGUAGCACAGGAGUUGCAGGUGGUAAUGGAAACAUGGCCAUGAGUAGCACAACAAUUUUGGCAAAUAGCUUAGAUCGAGAAGCACAGCGAGAACGAGAAAGAGAGAGACAACGCGAAAACUAUGCCGCAACCGUUCGUAGUAUAGUUUCUCGUGCUUCCGCUAAUGGACAACUCUACGAAGAGGAUGAAAUAGAACACGAUUCCAUAUCGAAUCAAGACAACACAGCGGUCGAUAAUAAUAACAAAAAAACAGCUUGGGAGGUCACUGCAAAUGGUGCGCAACAGGUGGGUGUGACAACAAUUUCGAAUUCGAAUGGUGCGACUUCAAAUCUGCUGACCGCUGCAGACACAAUGGGCUCUUCAGAAAAUAACUUAACAGUGUACUUCUAAUUUUAAGAAAAUUUAUAAUUUCCCUAAGAUACCACGA